ACUGUAGUGUGGUGACAUCGCGGCUGCAGCUGAUACUGGAUGAUCUACUGUGGGUUCUCACUGACACACAGCUAAAGGCAGCGCUGCACUUUGUCAACUCCCUCAAGUCCGUCAUCGCCAAGUCUAACGAGCAGAGCAAGGUGCGCGCGAGCAAACACCUGCAGGUGCAGAUACAGAACACGUGCGGACAGAAGGUGGAGGCUCGCUCAGACAUACAGAAGCUGUUCGCUAAGUACGACAUCGUCGAGACGUCCUACCACGUCUACUGCGGCCGCAUAGACCUUCACCUGUGCGAGGAUGCCAACCCGGACACGAACGUGAAACUGCACAGCCACGAGGUAAAGGGAGGAGCAAUGCAGGUCACCCUACACCGCCUCAUCUUUGAUCUCUACCCGUUCCACAUCGCCAGUGGCGAGCGCAAACAUUGGGUGAAAUACAACGAGGGCACGACGUGUCAUCACAAGUGGGUCAAGCAGCUGCUGGACAAGUUCCGCGAGCAGGUGGCGCAGACGGCGCCGGGGAAGCAGCCGCCGCUGCGGCUCAUGUCGAGCGUGACGAUAUUGCGUCUCGACGACUUCGUCGUCGGCAACGUGACGUACCACGGCCAGCCGCCGGACCCGUACCGGCGCAAGCCGAAGUUCUGCAUGUCGGACAAGAAGCGGCUGUACCUGCCGCCGGACCUGCCCGUGCUGCACGCCGAGUGGAACGACUACUACUUCCCCGCGGAGACGAACUUCCCAG